CGCGGGGCACCGCCGGCUAUAUAACAUUGCCGAGCCCCGGCGGCAGCGGCAGCGGCUCCGCUGAGGCACCCGGGGAACAUCGCACCGCGCCUCUGCAUCGCCCCGCACCGCGCCUCUUGGCAUCGCUCCGCACCGGACGGUACCGCACCGCACCGCGCAUCUCGGCACCGCGCGUCUCGGCACCGCGCUCCGCACCGCGCUCCAUAUCUCACUGCACCGCACUCCGCUGCCCACCGCGCCUCUCCGGACAGCCCUGCUCCGCGCGGUACCGCACCGCUCCGCGGGGCCCGUCCCUACCCGACCGCCGCUGCCCACCGGAGCCCCGGCGCCCGGCACGGCCGAGGCAGCGAGCCCCGCUCCGCCGGCCCCGGCCCCCGCGGCGGGCGCUCCCGCGGGCGGCAGGAUGGCCGCGAAGCCGGCCGAGCUGAUGGGCAUCUGCUCCAGCUACCAGGCGGUGAUGCCCCACUUCGUGUGCGUGGCCGAGGAGUUCCCGCCGCCCGCCCGCCCCGCCAAGGCCCCCAGGGGCAAACUGCGGCGGCCGCGGCAGUCGCGCUUCAAGACGCAGCCGGUGACUUUCGACGAGAUCCAGGAGGUCGAGGAGGAGGGGGUGUCCCCUAUGGAGGAGGAGAAAGCCAAGAAGUCUUUCCUGCAGUCGCUGGAGUGUCUGCGGCGGAGCACCCAGAACCUCAGUAUCCAGCGGGACCGCCUGGGCAGCUGCCGCCUCCGCAACAGCCUCGACUCCAGCGACUCGGACUCGGCCCUCUGAGGGCAGCGGGGGCCGGCGGGACCCCGCCCGGCUCGGCGGGACCUGGCGGGACGCGGCCGGCGGCGGCGGCACGGACUGGGCUGCAGGGAGCUGCCCCGCCGCAGGCCCAAGAGCGCCCGAAGCGGGCGCCCGCGUUGGGAUGUUUUCUAAGAAAGCGCUUGUACCUUCGUUUCUAUUUGAUUGUAUGAAACUCUCCAUUUAAAAGACAAAAAAAAAAAAAAUCUUUUCUAUUCGUUAGAAGAAAAUAGCUGUUUUAGAUGCAUUGAGCUGCUGGACUUUAUAUUUAUUUUUGCAUUUAAACUGUUGACUGCAUUAAUUUAAUAUGUUUCUACCUGAAUGUCUGUUAUCAUUUCCAUAAAAGAGUAAUAAAAUCCGAUAUAUUUGCACAGUA